AUGGAAUCGGUACUCCUGGAACACUUUCCUGCUGGGCUGGACUCCUUCUCCUCAGAAUCUUACUUCGACGACGAGGAAUUUUUCACUGAUCAGUUUUCCCGCGACCCUAUGGAAGGUGACGAGCUCCUGGAGGCCGAGGUGGACUUCCUGAGCCCGCCGUUGCAGGGGUGUUACCGCAGCGACGGGGCUGGCGGGGGCUCAGCAUCCGAACAUGUGCCCGAACUCUCUCGGUGCUAUGAGGCGGAUCCAGGCAGCUUCUCGACGUCCGUCUCAUCGCCGUCGUCGGCCAGUUUCACCUAUGAGUGCUGCGGACUGGCGACGUCGCCCAGGGGCAGCCUCAAGGCUUUGAGUGCAGCGGCGGCGGCAGCGGCAGCGCGGCGGCGGCGGCGGGUGCGCUCCGAGGCGGAGCUGCAGCAACUGAGGCAGGCGGCCAAUGUGCGCGAGCGGCGGCGCAUGCAAUCCAUCAACGACGCCUUCGAGGGGCUGCGCUCUCAUAUCCCCACGCUGCCCUACGAGAAGCGCCUCUCCAAAGUGGACACUCUGCGCCUCGCCAUCGGCUACAUCAACUUCCUCAGUGAGCUGGUCCAGUCCGACUUACCUUUGCGCAGCGCGGGCAGCCAGAGCCCAUGCCAGCCCAAGAAGGUUAUCAUCUGCCACCGGGGCACAAGAUCACCUUCUCCAAGUGACCCAGAUUAUGGACUUCCUCCUCUUGCUGGGCAUUCACUCUCCUGGACUGAUGAAAAACAACUCAAGGAGCAAAACAUUAUUAGAACUGCUAAAGUCUGGACUCCAGAAGACCCCAGAAAGUUAAUCAGCAAAUCGUCUGUGAACAAUAUUGAAAAUGAGCCCCCAUUUGAUUUCAUAUCAUAA